AUGCCACAAACCAGCAAGGUGGAGAGGGCGUCGCUCUGGAGCUGGCCAGGGGCUGCGUCCUCUGGACCCCUGCUUCUCACUCUGUGGGACUUCCAGGGGUUGACAGCUAUUAAUGAUGAACCAAGGCCGUCAUUCUAUGCAAUGGCGGCACAGGUGUGGAGCGCCGGCCUGGUGGUGGGCAAGGCGACCCUCGUUAAUGUUGUACUGUUGGGCGGGAUACAUGUUGGUGGUCCACAUAUUAACAGCAGUGGUCGACAUGUUAACAGCAGUGGUCCACAUGUUAACAGCAGUGGUCCACAUGUUAACAGCAGUGGUCGACAUGUUAACAGCAGUGGUCCACAUGUUAACAGCAGUGGUCCACAUGUUAACAGCAGGUGUCCACAUGUUAACAGCAGUGGUCCACAUGUUAACAGGAGUUGUUCACAUGUUAACAACAGUGGUCCACAUGUUAACAACAGCGGUCUAGAUGUUAACAGCAGUGGUCCACAUGUUAACAGCAGUGUUCCACAUGUUAACACCAGUGGUCCACAUGUUAACAGCAGUGGUCCACAUGUUAACAGCAGUGUUCCACAUGUUAACACCAGUGGUCCACAUGUUAACAGCAGUGGUCCACAUGUUAACAGCAGUGUUCCACAUGUUAACACCAGUGGUCCACAUGUUAACAGCAGUGUUCCACAUGGUAACACCAGUGUUCCACAUGUUAACAGCAGUGGUCCACAUGUUAACAGCAGUGGUCCACAUGUUAACAGCAGUGUUCCACAUGUUAACACCAGUGGUCCACAUUUUAACAGCAGUAGUCCACAUGUUAACAGCAGCGGUCUAGAUGUUAACAGCAGUGGUCCACAUGUUAACAGCAGUGGUCCACAUUUUAACAGCAGCGGUCUAGAUGUUAACAGCAGUGGUCCACAUGUUAACAGCAGUGGUCUAGAUGUUAACAACAGUGGUCCACAUGUUAACAGCAGUGGUCCACAUGUUAACAGCAGUGGUCCGCAUGUUAACAGCAGUGGUCCACAUGUUAACAGCAGUGGUCCACAUUUUAACAGCAGCGGUCUAGAUGUUAACAGCAGUGGUCCACAUGUUAACAGCAGUGGUCCACAUGUUAACAGCAGUGGUCCGCAUGUUAACAGCAGUGGUCCACAUGUUAACAGCAGUGGUCCGCAUGUUAACAGCAGUGGUCCACAUGUUAACACCAGUGGUCCACAUGUUAACAGCAGUGGUCCGCAUGUUAACAGCAGCGGUCUUGAUGUUAACAGCAGUGGUCCACAUGUUAACAGCAGUGGUUCACAUGUUAACAGCAUCGGUCUAAAUGUUAACAGCAGUGGUCCACAUGUUAACAGCAGCGGUAUAGAUGUUAACGCCAGUGGUCCACAUGUUAACAGCAGUGGUUCACAUGUUAACAGCAGUGGUCCACAUGUUAACAGCAGCGGUCUUGAUGUUAACACCAGUGGUCCACAUGUUAACAACAGUGAUCCACAUGUUAACAGCAGCGGUCUAGAUGUUAACAGCAGUGGUCCACAUGUUAACAGCAGCGGUCUAGAUGUUAAAAGCAGUGGUCCACAUGUUAACAGCAGUGGUCCAAAUGUUAACAGCAGUGGUCCACAUGUUAACAGCAGUGGUCCGCAUGUUAACAGCAGUGGUCCACAUGUUAACAACAGUGGUCUAGAUGUUAACAACAGUGGUCCACAUGUUAAUAGCAGCGGUCUAGAUGUUAACACCAGUGGUCCACAUGUUAACAGCAGUGGUCCACAUGUUAACAGCAGUGGUCCGCAUGUUAACAGCAGUGGUCCACAUGUUAACACCAGUGGUCCACAUGUUAACAGCAGUGGUCCGCAUGUUAACAGCAGCGGUCUUGAUGUUAACAGCAGUGGUCCACAUGUUAACAGCAGUGGUUCACAUGUUAACAGCAUCGGUCUAAAUGUUAACAGCAGUGGUCCACAUGUUAACAGCAGCGGUAUAGAUGUUAACGCCAGUGGUCCACAUGUUAACAGCAGUGGUUCACAUGUUAACAGCAGUGGUCCACAUGUUAACAGCAGCGGUCUUGAUGUUAACACCAGUGGUCCACAUGUUAACAACAGUGAUCCACAUGUUAACAGCAGCGGUCUAGAUGUUAACAGCAGUGGUCCACAUGUUAACAGCAGCGGUCUAGAUGUUAAAAGCAGUGGUCCACAUGUUAACAGCAGUGGUCCAAAUGUUAACAGCAGUGGUCCACAUGUUAACAGCAGCGGUCUUGAUGUUAACACCAGUGGUCCACAUGUUAACAACAGUGGUCCACAUGUUAACAGCAGCGGUCUAGAUGUUAACAGCAGUGGUCCAAAUUCAGCGGCUCCAGUUAUCCCUCGCCUUCUACCAAGCCUGUGA